AUGGAGCAAGGCGUCCUCGAGCAACUGCUCGAUUUCGAUGUCGACCGCUACCUAAACCCAUGGAUCCCUCAUAACCGACUCUACAUCCUGCCGAAACCGAUCUCGCGCUGGCUCGGAUACCGCUCAGAACCUGCCAAAGAACCAUAUCAAGUCCUCCAGUGGCCCAUCACAUUCGCCGCCACAGUUGCAGGACUAUGUCUCGUGGGAGGAAUCGGCAACUACGCACCUGGCAUCACGACAUGGCAUCCGCCUGUAGUCAUCGCAUCUCUGGGCGCCAGCGCAGUGCUCGACUUCAACACGAUCAAAUCACCACUCUCGCAGCCGCGGAACUCAGUGAUCGGCAAUACAUUGGCUGCGAUUUGCGGCGUGUGUAUUGCGAAACUCUUCCAGCUCAACUCGAACUUCAACAACAUCCAAUGGGUCUCGGGAGCCGUUGGCUGUGCGCUGGCAUCGUGGGUGAUGAGCUUGACGAAUACGAUUCAUCCUCCAGGCGGCGCAACGGCAGUCCUCGCUUCGACGGAGAUGCAUGUUAUAGCCAUGGGAUGGCGAUAUAUCCCUAUCGUGCUGCUGGAUAGUGUGCUCAUGGUCUGUGUUGCGCUCAUCUUCAACAACAUCUUGAGGCAGUACCCCAUGUACUGGUGGUCACCGAACAACACGGGUCGCAAAUUGAAGCAGGAACGGCGUGAGGCGAAGGAGGAUAAAGUUGCAGAGGAGAAGCGGGUUGAAGAAGGAAAAAGACCAGCGAAGCCGAUAUCAGACACGAGCAGUGAUCGAACCCUUCGCCGAGAGUUGAGCAACCGCGUCGACUUCGUCGAUGGUAUCGAGGAUGUACGCAUCCGUCCAUAUAAGAUUCAGCUUCCACAUCACGUUGAGCUGAGCGAUGAGGAGAUCAUGGUGGUAGAGAGGAUUCAAGAACGACUCAGGACGCAUGGCGAGGUUGGAUUGUAA